AUUGCGUAUUUAUGUCUGAACAUUCGUACUUGAAAACAAGUCAAGCCUACACCAGUCCCCAAGAUGUGGUGGAAAGGGAGAGAGACCCACUGCCUUAUCCCGCUGGUUACACUUUGCUCCCCUUGUCCAGAUGUUUGGGCUUCCGAAGUAAAUCAGAGGUAACAGUGCACCAAGAAGAUGGCACCGUGCACAUCACUUCCUGUUCAUCUCAUUGGUUUCUAAUGAGAAUGCAGAAUGCAAUAGCCAGACUAAUUAAAUGUACCCAGCCCUGACCAUCCUGGUGCUCAUGAAGUCAAUGGGAGGUUUGCUAUUGAUUUCAAAGGGACCAGGAUUUAGUCUAACAGCCUCUCAUCCAUAACUGCUGAUCUGUUUCUUGAUGCACAGAACAAAGUAUUCUAAUGCUGGGCCUGAUGCUGGGAGGUGCUGUUCACCAGCCACCAGAGUUAUGUGUGCUCAGCACUAAGUGAAUCAGGAUCGGGCCCUGUGCCAGGUAAUAGUCAUUUUAUUUUGGUUUUUGCUUAGUCUGUGUUGGUAGGACACUGUCCGGGAGAAACCCACUCUCUCGCUUUGAAAGACAAACCUUCCACUCGUCAGCAUUACAAAAAUUACCCCCACAACCUAGUUUUUAUUUGUAACGAUCGCUGUUUCAAGGGGCUGCACACACGAAGGCUGGACUGCAUACCACCUCCCGGAUUGUUUUGUUCUGGCAAGCAAAGAGUCUGUGCAAAGGGGAGGGCAUGCUGCAUUAUGGGCAAUGGUCACUGGCUGGGAAAUUAUUUCAGGGAAGUUUUCUACCCUGCAGGAGGUCACAGUGUGACAGCCUGGGAAUCUGUGAGAGCUGUUAUGGAACUUGUCCAAGUAUUUUCAAUAUUAGCAAAAAGGGUCAAUAAUCGUUUUUAAAAAUAGGUUCUCAGACCCAUGGGAAAUCUUAGCUGUUUCCAGCUGCUUUGGGGGGCUGGCUGAGUGAAAUGCAUGUCCUGCAGAGGGAAGGUACCUCACGUAAGUCCUGCUUAAGCUCUUAAGGCUCCUACCUGCCUGCUUAAGCUCUUACCUGGACACUGCAAACAGUUGCAAUGUGGGCUUGGCGUUGCCUUUUCUUGCAAUGAUUUGUACUUGUUCUGACGUAUUUUUCAUGGUAUCGUUAAUCCUUUGGUUUCUUUGGUAGGCUUGGUCGCAGCUCAGCUAGACAGAUUCGAGCUAGCGAGCUCCGGUGCGAGAGCAGCAAAGCCACGUCAGUAUGGGCUUACCCAGGCUAGAUUAAAAGAUUGCAAGUUGCAACUCAAGUUGCACUCCUACCCCGUGACUGCAGUGUAGACAUACCUCCUCUGCCCCACUCCGGCUCAGAUCCUCAGCUGGCUUAAAUCAGCCUGGUACCACUGAAAUCAUACGGGGCGAUGCCUGUUUUCCCCCGCUGAGGUUCUGGCCCAAAGAACUGAGUGAGAAAUAAUUAAGGAAUCUGGCACUUUUGUCUUUUGCUGCAUAGAAAAGAAAAAUGACAAUAUGUCCAAAGCACUUCUGUUAAUAACAAUUAGGAUAAUUAAUGUAUUUAUGUGCAUUGAGGCAGCGUCAAGGAGCCGCAGUCAUGGCCCAGGACCCCAACGUGCCAGGCGCUGUACAUACACCAACAAAAAGACAGUCCCUUCCCCAAAGGCGCUUCCAAUCUAAAUAUAAGACAAAAGACAACAGGUGGAGAAAAAGAGGCAGGCAGACAAGGGGGCACAAGGAUGAUAUGGGUCAGCAUGGGAGGCAGUGGCUAUUUAGUGAUGUAUUUAGUAAGUUGCAUCUUAGUGCUCAACAGAUGGUCAGUGCUGGAACAAAGGGACCCAGUCCAGUCCCCUGGAGGUGUGGAAAAUAAGCGAGCAGCAGGAAGAGUGAGAAGGGAAUUAAUCAGUUAUUAAACUUCUUCCAGUGUAAACGAUCAGAGCUGCUGCUGGUAAUCUGGGUACAGAAACUGUUUGCACAUGUUCUAAACCUGACUGGGGCCACGGGAGGUCCUGCCUCCGCCCACAUUCAAAAUGCAGGCCAUCCGCUGGUGUAGAAAGCACAUCACAUGCUCCAGCUCAGUGCUAGACCCAGCCUGCAGGCCCCCGCAGGAUCCCACUGACAUCAGGGACAUUGCUCAGGUACAGAACUGUGCAUCUGAGCACGCCUCACAGGAUCGGGCCCCAGGGGUGUUUGCGCUCCAGAGUCCAGAGCUCUUGCUGCUGCUUUGCGGACAGCUCCCUGGUCACGGGCUGGCUCGCUGGUUUCCAGCUGUUCUGCAGGUGUCAGGCUCAGUGCGAGGAAGCAGCUAGAGAGGCUGAAAACAAGGCAGAACCAGCCCAGCUGCCUCUCCUAGGAGCCACUGCCCCACAAGAGGAGAGGAAACAGGAGCAUCCCUCAGGGACCAGUCACCCAUGGGGAAGGACUUUCUCGGGUGCAGAGAGUGAGGCUGCUCAGCAGUGUGUGGCGGGGAGAAAUGUGGCUGGUUCAGGGGAGAAGGGAGCAGAAGCGAUGUGGGGGGAGGUGGAAUGAGAGUAAAGGGCGACAGUGUUAGAGGGGAGAUUUGCCUCUCUGAGGCCAGAGUGUAGGCUGGGCCCCGUGCAGGGUUUUAACGCGGUUUAAUGAGAAUCUCUAGCUAACAGCUCAACUUUGCUAUGCUUUAGAGCUGCCAGCCCUGGAGUAGCUUGGCUGGGCAGGAGCCAGAGGUGGUGGGUCCAGCCGUACUAGACUCCUUGGAAUUGAUGUGUGGUCAGGUGAAAGGGAGGUUAACGCAGGUUGAAUAGUGAGUGUGAAAUGGAAAGGGGUAAUUUAAUAAUGGUGCUUAAAGGUGAACUGCAAAUCAAGCAUGAAACCUGAGCUAAGCAGCGAUUUACAUCCCUUAUGCCCCCGCCCUGAGGGAAAGCAGCAUAGGCCUCGCAGUACUUCCUGCUUCUCUGAUGUGAUUCCAAAAUGCAUCUUUUGGCGACAUCACGAAUACCAUGGAUUACCCAGGCUGCAAUGCAACCUCCAGUAUUUGUGAUGUCACAUCCUGGAAUCUCCUCAGAACAAAUGAGAUUUCAUGCAAGGGGAGGACAAAAGAAUCAUAUACAGAUGGGGAAACUGAGGCACAGAGCUAUGCAGGUCCUGAUUCUGCACUGAAAGUUGUGCAGCAGCCCCCUCGGGGACUCGGGCCCAGUCUCGGAGACGGCCUUCUCUGCUAAGUCCCCCCAAUUCAACGCUGAGGAAGCCUAUUCUGCCCAUAUGCCUGAGCACCUUCGCUGCGAUGCCUGCAGAGUGAUAGCCUUCCAGAUGCAGGAAUACCUGACAAAAGCAGAAUCCAAACGGUCGUCUGCUAAAGCACCGUCCGCUCGUCUGAGCGAGUCUGAAUACGUGGACACACUGGAGAACAGCUGCUCGCAGAGCUGGGAAAACUAUGGAGUGCAAGAAGUGCGGGGAGUGAAACGCUUCGCAGGGCCUGGCCUGAAGAACCAGGAGACCGUGAGUGUGAUGAUGACAGGUGGACCAUGGCCAGCAAGAUUAUAUAAGCUGUGCCACAGCUACCUGGGCGAAUUUGGGGAAGAGCAGAUCUACGAGGAGUACCGACGCAGGCCGGCUGCCUUGGCAGAGUUCCUGUGCUUCGAAGAGCAGAGAGCCUGCACAAGACUUAGCGACACCCAGAGCAAAAGCCCAAACAAAGCGAAGGCUCUGCAGAGUGAACUGUAGUUCUGUUCCUGCUCAGCCAAGAUUGGCAAAUAGGUCUAAGCUGACGAGUGUGUGCCGUCAGCCUGGCCUGCCGACUGGCCAUCAGAGGAGACCAAUGUGCAGUUUCUGGGCUUUCCCCCAAAAAACAAAUGCUUCCAGGCUCUUUUACAUCAUUGUUAUUGCUUAAAAAAGAUCAAUCCCCGUAACCCCGCAGGGCUGACAGGCACCCCAAUAAUAAGAAACCACCGUAUACAUCCGAGCAACCCAAUAAUAACAAACCAACAUGUACAUCCGAGCAACUCUAUAACAAACCAAAAUAUACACUCAGGCAACCAAAUAAUAACAAACCAAUAUGUAAAUCCAGGCAACCCUAUCAUAACAAAACAACGUGUACAGUUAGGCAGCUUUAUAAGAAUAAAAUGAUAUUCUUAGCCCAGCAAUUAUUUAUGGGCAACCCUAAAAUAAACCAACACACAUACAUAAUUACAUACCAUAUAUCAAUCCAAUGCCAGAAACACAUGGUGGCAGAUCCUCGGUGUAAAUUAUCAUAGCUUCAGCAAAGUCUGUUGGAGCUGGGCUGUCGUCAAUGGCACUCUGACAAUUUCCACCUGCUGAGGAUCUGCCCACUAGAUCUAAUAUAAGCUCAGUAUAUUGAAAUAGUUACAUCCAGUCUGAUUUUUAGAAGUCCCGACUCCUCACGGGUCCUAUUGACUUCCUUUCCCACAUUGAGUCAUGGGGCAUAUGUAGGUUUGCUGUUGAAUUCCUCAGGUUCCUAGCUGUGCAUUUUAUAAAUAAUGCAUUUUACUAACUACACCUCUACCUCGAUAUAACACUGUCCUCGGGAGCCAAAAAAUCUUACUGCGUUAUAGGUGAAACAGCGUUAUAUUGAACUUGCUUUGAUCCACAGGAGUGCGCAGCG